ACAAUUGUGAUUGCUCAUCGUUUGAGUACAAUACGAAAUGCUGAUUUGAUUAUUGGUUUGGAACGUGGCUGUGUCGUCGAAAGUGGAACUUACGAUGAUUUAAUGGAAUAUAAAGGUCUUUACUAUGAAUUAGUGACAGCUCAAAUGCAAAAAGAAAAAGAAAAAGAAGUUGAUCCAGACAUUGAUAAAGAAGAUGAUGAAGUGGAAAGAGAAUUUGUUCGAGAACGAUCAUUUCAUAAGAUUCAUUCAAAACAAUCUAUUGCCUCAAAUGACGAUUUUGAUGAGAAUGAUAAAGAAGAUGAUAAAACAGCAUCCGAUGCUCAAAAGAAAAAAAAGAAGCGUAGUCGUACUCCAUUUGUAUUUCAAAUAUUCAAACUUAAUGCUCCAGAAUGGCCUUGGAUUCUUAUGGGUGCAGUUUUCUCUCUUAUCUUUGGUGCUAUUCAACCCAUUUUUGCACUGUUCUUUGCACAAAUCUAUGGUCUAUUUGGCGAACCAGAUCUUAAGAAACAAGAACAUUUAACAAGUGUUUAUGCUGGACUUAUAUUUCUUAUUGGUUUUGUUGGAGGAGUUGCUCAAUUUCUGAGUAAUCUUGGGUUCGCAAAGUCAGGCGAAGAAUUAACUUUACGUAUGCGAAAAUUAACAUUUUCUGCUAUAAUUCGACAAGAAAUCGGUUAUUUCGAUUAUGAGACAAAUUCAGUUGGUGCUCUUGUCACACGUCUAUCAUCUGAUGCAGCUGCUUUGAAGUAUGCUACACAAGCUAUAGAACAAAUUCGAACAGUUGUUGCUCUUCAUCAAGAAAAGCAUUUUAUUGAUUUAUAUGAAAAUGCAUUCAAUCAAGAAUUCAAGAAGCAAAAGUGUCAGCUGCAUCUAGUUGGUUUAGGUGCUGCAAUUGCGAAUUCAAUCAUGUAUUUUCUUCAUAGUGCUGCUUUUUCAUAUGGUAGUAAACUUGUUGAUAAUCAUGAAAUGACAUUUGACAAUGUGUUCAGGGUAUUUGUUGUUAUUACUUUUGCUAUGAUGACCGUUGGUCGUUCGAUGGCUAUGAUUCCUGGUUAUUCGAAAGCACAACAAGCAGCAUUACGAAUCAUGAAACUUAAUAAACGGCAAUCACAAAUUAAUCCAUAUGAUGAAUCAGGCAUCAUUUUGAAAGAAGUCAUAGGCAAUAUUGAAUUUGAUGAUGUUUAUUUUCGAUAUCCAACUCGACCUACUCUUCGUAUUCUUAGAAAUUUUUCAUUAAAAUGUUUAAGUAGUAGUACAACAGCACUUGUUGGACCGUCAGGCAGUGGAAAAUCAACAACUAUUGCAUUAUUGCAACGAUUCUAUGAUCCAUUGAAAGGAAAAAUUUUACUCGAUGGACAUGAUAUACAAGUUCUUAAUAUUCGAUGGCUUCGAUCAAUAAUGGGUCUUGUUCAACAAGAACCUGUUCUAUUUAAUUUGUCUAUUCGUGAUAAUAUUGCUUAUGGUGAUAGUAGUCGAGAAGUAACACAAGAUGAAAUUGAAAGAGUUGCAAGAACGGCUAAUAUUCAUGAGUUAAUUAAAUCAUUACCUCAAGGCUAUGAAACAUCAUGCGGAGCAAAAGGUAGUCAAUUAUCUGGUGGACAAAAACAACGAAUUGCUAUUGCUCGAGCAUUAAUUCGUUCACCAAAAAUUCUUCUUCUUGAUGAAGCAACAUCAGCAUUAGAUAAUAAAAGUGAAAAAGUUGUUCAAGCAGCAUUAGAUAAAGCUAGAACUGGUCGAACAUGUCUGAGUAUUGCUCAUCGUCUUUCAACAAUUCAAAAUUCAGAAAAGAUUGCUGUGGUUGAUCGAGGCAAAAUGAAAGAAGAGGGCACACAUGAUGAACUCUUGAGAUUAAAUGGAAUUUAUGCCAAAUUAGCAUCAGCGCAAAAACGGACCACUUGA